AUGUCGAUGUCUCCCUCGCCUUACGCCGCCGUCAAGAGAGAAAUCAACGUCGAGGAGCCCACGCUCACACGCCGGCGCUCCGGCGGCACAACGCACCUCAGCGGCAACCGAAGGCACGACUCCUUCAAGGAGACCUACAGAAUGUCGUUCGUGCCUUCCUGCCUCUGCACAUUAAAACCUCUCUACCACCAUUCCGAUAAACUUCCAAAUUAUCAUAUUCAAAAACCUCUACUACCAUUCCGAGAAACUUCCAAAUUGUCAUAUGAAGAGCCAUUUGAAUUUCCAAAUUAUCAUAUGAAGAGCCAUUUGAAUGAAGCUGUCGGCCGAGACCACAUCUUGUUCCUGUGGAAUCUUGUGACAUUCCUGCAUUCCGAAGGGAUCUUUAAUGCAAGCCGGCUGGCUGUCAGGGUUCAGGCUAGAGGUGCCACAAUCCUAUGA